AUGGGUGACGCUGAGAAGGCAGCGGAAAUUCGCGAGAAGAAGAUCCGCAAUGUGAUGCGCGAGCUUAAGAUCCAGAAGCUCUGCCUCAACAUCUGCGUUGGAGAAUCUGGUGACAGACUGACUCGUGCCGCUAAGGUUAGUGUUUAUGUUUCAUCUUUAUGAGAUUUUUUUCUGGAAGUAAUGUUUUGAAAAAAUUUUAUAAGCGCUAUUUUCAAAUACACUUUUUCAAGGAAACUAUUAAUUUUCAUUCACAGGUGCUGGAGCAACUCACUGGUCAGACCCCAGUGUUCUCGAAGGCCCGCUACACUGUCCGUUCUUUCGGAAUCCGCAGAAACGAAAAGAUUGCCGUUCACUGCACCGUCCGUGGACCCAAGGCCGAGGAGAUCCUUGAGAAGGGCCUCAAGGUCAAGGAAUACGAACUCUACAAGGAGAACUUCUCCGCCACCGGCAACUUCGGUUUCGGUAUUCAGGUUGGUGAAAUUUGAAUAUGAAGUUUAAGAGAAAGAGGAAAAACUCAGUGGUAAACCGAGUUGUGUAUUUUUUCGGAAAUUGUUAUUCUGCAAGCAAAGAUACUGUCAAAAUUUUAUUAAAACCCUCAUCAAAGUCGAGAAAAAUAGAAAAUAACCAUUUAUAGGAAGUAGUAUGUUGGCUGGUAAAAAUUGAGCGUUACUGUUAAUACUUUUUUCAUGAAAAAGUCCUAUAACACAAAUAAAUUCAGUCACCGUUUUUAAAAAUAAAAUUCCCGCUUUCGAUCAUGAUGAAAUCAAAGCUCAUUUCCAACCGGCCAAUUUAGUAUAAGAUAACUUUUCAGAAUAAAUAGUUCUCAAAAAGUCGACAAGCCUUCUAAAGCCACCAAAGAAUAAAAAAAUACCUUUUCAGGAACACAUCGAUCUCGGAAUCAAGUACGAUCCCUCGAUCGGUAUCUACGGAAUGGACUUCUACGUUGUUUUGGAUCGCGCUGGACGCCGUGUCGCCAAGAGAAGACGUGCCCCAGGACGCGUCGGACCUUCGCACCGUGUCUACCGCGACGAAGCCGUCAAAUGGUUCCAGCACAAGGUAUUUUUCUUUUCGUAAUCAUUUCAGUUUCUAACUUAUUUCAUUUUUCUGCUGUUCACUCUAAUUUUUCAGUACGACGGUAUUAUCCUCCCUCCCAAGCCCAAGGUCAAGCGCACCGUCCACCGUCGCCGUUAA